AUGCUUGCUUUUUCCUUCUUCAUGGCCAUCGUCCGCUCCCUCCCCCACGCCCCAAUCAACUCUUUCCCUCAAGGCCAUGUUUCUCCCGGCUGA